CUGGCCUAUCCUUAGUAACAGGCGGUAAAUAAUCAGCUAAUUAGCAGGAAGGCUGCAGCAAAAUCUUCGGCAAAAUGCCUAUAACUAAACAACCAAAGAAAAGCGAGCCUUUGUGGAAAGAAUGGGACUAUAAAGCACAGAAGAAAGGCGUCCAUCACACCGUUUACUCUGUAAAUGGUGAUCGAUACACGGGCGAAUGGGAUGACAACAAAAAGAAUGGUAAGCUUGACCAACGUUCGAAUUCAGUCAGGAUUCUAUCUAAUUUGUUCUACAGAGAAAUGCUGUCUUAAAAAUUACUUUUGUUGUAGCACUUUUUAUGAGAUCAGUUUUAAGUUAAACGUUCAGUUAAGUUUAUGUAUAUGUUGUAGUUAAUUUUUUGUCUCAGGUAAUGCUUGUUUUUCGUUUGUUUUUGGGUAUUCUAAUGAAGUUGAAACAAAAGAAAAACAAAAAUUACCUGAGAUAAAAAAAUUAACUGCAACAUAUAUCUUUGGAUUCGAUUUUAAAGUCUGAUAUAAAUUCCAGAUAAAAUAAAAAAUCCUUAGCUUCUUUAAAUACAUGUAAUUUAAUCAAGUACAUUCUUUUAAGAGACUGCACAUGAGAGAGGCAUAUUAUUUACUGAAUACCCUGGCUUACAAGUACCAAGAUAAUCCGUGGUCAUGACCUAGGUCACUGGAGUAUGGUUCCAAGCCCCAGGGGAGUACUUUAGGAAUUUCUCAGUGGGGAUGUACCACUGGGACCCUAACCUAUACUAGAGCUAGUUCAGCUGAAUUUUGCUACGCUAUACUAGAGUAAACUCCCCAAAUCCCCCCUAUCCUAGAGUAGCUGUUUCCCUAGCCUAGAUAAAAUCUUCAACCAACUGAUCAGUUUCCUGAAAAAUGAUACCCUAUUCUAGGGGCAAAUGCAGACAUUUAUUGGAAUGGCCCAAUGACACUUUCUUUCUGUGAAAGGCUUUGAAUGUGUUACAUGUUUUUGGCUCAGUUGGUUUAAUUAUUAAAAAAGGUUCCCAAAAAAUUCCACAGAGCCUGGAAACAGCAGGAUGUGGUUUUAAAAUCAACAUGGUAAUAGUAGAGAUAUGUAAUUUGAAGAAGUCAAGAUAUAAUGUGGUGGCAAAAAUCAUACAAAAUUAAGACUGGUAUUCAACAUCAACAAAUGCCUUAAACAAAUCUGUAUAAUUUAUAAAAACAACUAUGUCAUUACCUUCCUCAUAACAUAUUUGAAACUAAAGUGGAAGCCCUUUUUAAUGCAACCACCGUUGGGCCAUAAAAUCCUGGGCCCAGUUCCUGAAAGGUUGAUUAGCGUUAGUCCAGCGGGAUUAAAAUUUUGUUCAGUUUUUGUAUUUUACAUUCCUAUGUAUUGCUUAGGGUAACAUUUUGUGUUAUCAUUACUGUAUCUUGUAGUAGAGGCUCAACAGUGUUUUGUAACCUCGAGUAGCAUGUUCUUAGACGAGAAAACCGUGCUUGAAAUUUGGCUUAAUCCUGGGUUAAAGUUAACCAUCUUUCGAGGAACCGGGCCAAGUUCGUAAAUAAUGAGGUGGUCGCAUUAAUGGAGUCUUCAAAGUAACAGAAUGAUUCAGAUAUGUUAAGGUUUGGGUCAAAAGACUAUGGUCAUAAUAUUGAGGUGGUUGUAUAAAUGGGGUGGUCAUAAGGUGGGAUUCCACUGUAGAUAUUAAAUGAGUCUUUCCAGUGGUGCUCAACAGAGGUCAAAGAAGGGGGGAUGACCAAACAUCAAAAGGCACUGACCUUUGUUGCUCAUAGUUCUUCUGUCACACACUUGACUGAGGUAGUAUGCUGUUUACUGCUUGUGAAGAAAUUAAAAUUUAAUUUCUUCACAAGCAGUAAACAGCAUACUACCUCAGUCAAGUGUGUGACAGAAGAACUAUGAGCAACAAAGGUCAGUGCCUUUUGUCAUGAGCAUUUAAUGCUCAUGACAAUAAUUUAAUUUCUUUAUGGUCUUAGGAAAGGGAACCAUGACAUGGAAGAAAUCUGGAACUAUUUAUGAUGGAGACUGGAAAGAUGACCGCCGAUGUGGAUUUGGUACAUACAGUGUUUCUGAAGGUGCUGGAUACAGAAAAGUUUAUUCAGGGGGAUGGAAAAAUGAUAAGAGACAUGUAUGUGUUUUGUAAUUUUAGCUGGUUUUUUUUUUUUUUUUCAACAAUACAAGUCAAGUCGUAUGCAGAUACAAGGUUUCUGGCAGUAAUUUUUACAUGCUAUGUGAUUCUGUGAGCACACGAAGAACCUUCAAUCUUCCUAGGUCAAGAGACUCUUCUCUCACCAAAGCUGCUUGUAAGAAAAUAUUAGGCUUGUUUCACACAUAUGAGUGCAGGCUCUGUUUCUCGAACAGCUGCUAAGCCUAAGAAAACAUUUUGGAUACAACCAUAAGGGGAUUGUACAUACUUCUAAUCCACCACGGCGAUAAAUUCACAUGGUAUUCAACCAAGGAAAAUAAAAUUUCAUUCACAAUAGUGCAUUUGGAGUAUUUGGAUGUUAAGCAUUUUCUAGUACAAAUAAAUAAUAUGAACUUAUCAGUACAGUGACUACUACUAUGUAAGUUAUCAAAAAAGGGACGUCCAGAUUCUAGCACCGUUAAGUUUUAAGGUUUUUUGUGUGAGUUUGUAAAUGUGUCUCAUUCCUAGGGUUAUGGAACUAACUUCUACUCUGCCAAUGAAUACUAUGAGGGGGAGUGGUAUGCAGACAAGCGCAGUGGCUGGGGACGAAUGUAUUAUGCUGAUGGUUCAGUUUAUGAGGGAGAGUGGUACAAUGACUUGAGAAACGGAGAGGGCAUGCUUAGGCUAGGUAAGGUUGAAAUGGUAAAUAUCAACUUUCUGUUUAAUCAGAAAAAAUCUCUGUUUUAAACCUGCAUGUUCAAUGCCAAGUCGGGAAAAAACUGUAAAAUUAUUAUAUUCAGUCUUUGUCUAUAUUUAAUUUUAAACCAAAACUUUUUAGGCUACAAUAGAUGAGCUUGUGGAAGUUGCCUGGAAAGAUGGUGGAGCCACAAGCAGAAGACAGACCUGCCAACCCCUGAUAAAGGAAAAUCUGGAGACCCAUGAAAAAAAAUCUGGAGAUUCUAUAAAAAAUAGUGAGAUUCUAUUUUUUUCCCGAUCAAGAUUAAAAAAACCCCUUUUCCAUCGAGGAAAGUCAUUAACAGUUUAUUUAAAUGUUUUAUUUGUGUUCCCAUGGGAGACGCCUGGGAAUUAGACCUCGUUCCCAGGGCCUACUCCCCUUUCAAAAUGGCGGACAGACACGAAGAAAAACGAUUAAGUUUAUUGAACACAAGCGAAAAUCACAGCUGGGUACAAAAAGUAAGAACAGUGUUCUUCUUUAUUAGUUUUUCACUUUAUGGCACAAGCAUUCCUCGUUAAUUUCCCAUUUUUAUUCUGAUUCAACAACUUAAAUCAUUUCAGAAUGAUUUUUCCCAAAACCCGUGAGAUUGAGGAGCCUUGUCGUGAGACCGUGAGAAAUGACAAAAAAUCGUGAGACUCACGGCAGAACCGUGAGAGUUGGCAGGUCUGAGAAGAGCCGAGUGCGUAGGGUAACCAUGACCUCUCUGUGAGUGGCAACUAUCAGGCACCAUCACACUGAAAAACAGUGGAACAAUGAUACUUACCUCAUCCUUACCACAGAGAGGGAGGGAGGACAGAGAGUUAAAUUGCCUAGCACAAUCAAAAGAGGCCAAGCGCACGUGAGAAUGAGUGACCUCAACAGCAGUACUGUAAAACUACAUGAACCCCUGCAGACCCCAGACCACUCCGCAUACCUGCAACAGGGGAGGGGAGUAAGGAGGUUUUCAUCAAUUUUUUACAGCUUGGAUGUUUAACAUACAAAAUAUUUGACUUCUCUGUGUGUAGCAAAUGAAAAUCGCUAUGAGGGACAGUGGAAAGAUGAUAAGAAACAUGGAAAGGGAAGAUUCUUUUAUCUUGAUCGUGGGCAGAUGUACACUGGAGUGUGGUGUGAUGACAUUCCAAAAUGUGGCACUGUAGAAGAUUUUGGUCGCCAAGAAGCCCCGAAGCCAACCAUAUACCCUUUACCAGAGGUUGGUAUAAACUAAAGGUCUCCAUGAACCUGUUAUGGAGUGUAACAUUAUAAACUGAAUGAAAGAGUAUUAUUUUGAAUCAAAGCUUGUGGGUUAACAGUUUGCCAUGUCUAUGUGUAUAUGGAUUUUCCCAGUACAGUACAGCAUGGUAAACUCAGAUCUCUAGGUUUUGUUGUGACAUGGGAUUUGCAGGUCUGAUCAGAGAUGUUGCAUGUGUUGUCUCCAUCAGUCAGUUGGGGGUUGGUUGGGCCUGGCUUUGCACUGGGCUCUUUUCUCCUUCAGAUUGAUGAUCCUGGCUGCCUUAAAGUGAAGGAUGGCUUGGUAGCACAAGUUUCUCCACUGUGUUUUGUUCAGUGCUAAAUUCCGCUCCCCAUUUUAUUGGGUGUUUUAACUUACAGGUAUUCAAAUAAUGGCCUUAAGAGUGUCCUUGUGGUGGAGUUUGGUAUAUGCUGUAGCAACACGAGGGAAUACCUUAUGAAAGACAUGUAGUGAUCAGACAGAGAAUAUAAAUCUCAGGAAUUCCAUAAGCUUUGCAAAUAAACCUCUGAACGACCACAAACUUAUUAGUCAUACUGCCACAUUGAUUCCUUUGUUUCUGCUAUUACUUUUCAAUACAGUGCAAGCUUCAGGAUUUGAGAGGAGUAGUGAAGGAUGCUGAAGAUAUGUUUCUAGAUGAGCAGCAAUGAAGAUGACCCUCUUUACUGAUGAAAAUAUUAUUAAUUUAUUACUUUCUAGAUAUCUUUAAUCUACAAUUGUGUAUUAUACAUUUAGGUAAAGAAUGUUAAACGUACAUGUAACAAGCCAUCAAUCCUCUACCAUUAUGUAAAUGAUUCAAUUUCCAAAGGAUUUGGCUCAAGAUAGUCUUACCUCUAUUGCCUCAUCUAUAAAAUUGGAGAGAGAGAUAUUUUAAUUUCAUUCAAGUUGCAUAUUGUAAAAACAUUCAAACAUGACCCUUUAACAGGAAUCAAGAGCAAGCCAUGCCAUGGGCAAAAAAGCCAGUAGUAUCUGCUGUUUGAAGUGAAAAUCUAAUAUAGGAGAAGCAAAGGACAGUAUUUUACUUAAUCACCAACUUAUGUACAUAAUAUAAUAACUGUUUCUUAUUAUCUUCCCACCUUUGUAAAACAUUACUUUUUCUUUACAUGUACCUUCUGUCAAUAAAUAAAACUAUUUUUUCCAUUAAGAAGUGUCUACAAACACCUCUACAUAGCUUGAGUACUAUUUUUGACUUCUACAGCACCCUCACUUUCAGUUUCAUGUAAAAAAGGUUAGCAUGUGUUUUCUCUGUUGACUAGCAGCAGCUAAUAAAUUAAAGGCAAUAAUAUUAUUAAUGCUAUAGAGAAACAUUUGCUAAUAUGUUGUGCAUCACCCUUCCCCUUUAUGAUAAUGAGGAGGCAGCAAGGCUAAAGUACCCUGCGAGCAAGUUCUCCAGGGCGCUCUGGCAGCGGGGAGCGGGUAAAGGAAGGACAGCUUGCAACUGCAUCUCUGAAAUUUGAAUUCUGCCUCCAAUUCCCCUGUAGCUCCCCGUAGACUGAGCUGUUAGAUUUCCACCAAUCAGCAUGAAGUGGAAACCA